CGAUAUGGGUUUUUGGGUUUAAAAUAAUGAAUAAUUCAUAAGGAGCAUGAAUAAUGCAAUGUUAUUUUCUGGCUGUUCCUUUUAGUGUACUUACCCCGCCAGCCUAAUUGCCCAAGUUAACAAGUUUGGACAUAUGUUCGUCGACAUUUAGGUCAUUUGAUAAUUCUAUCUUGAGAAUGAUUAUUUGGUAACAGUAUGUCAUCAUCAUUGUCAGUAAUCAAAGUCAACACUCCUUCUGAGUCAAUUUUAUGCGCGACGAGGGGUUGUGGUCAUUGCAUUACGGUAAGAGCGCUACCGCUCACAUGGUUUGUCCUCUUGCGAGCGGGCCGUGAAAGAAGCUCAGACCGAGCCAACCUUUGUCUAAAAGUCGCCCACUUUUCCCUCAUUUUGGGGGUAAGUUGGAUUCUAAUUAAGUAUUGAGUAGAUCAGCUGAGACAUUGCUGUCACAAGCUUUGAAGGUUGACAUCUCAAGUGCAUUACAGGCCUUCUCUAUUUUAUAUCAGGUACGAUGAGCCUCAGCAGAACAUACCGUCACCGAAGCGACAAGCGGAUCAUACCGCCGAUGCACGACCCGAGACCGAUCUCAGUGCAACACACGGCUAUUCCCUGACACUAACAAUCCGCAUGGCAGCCAUACCCAAACUGGUUCAGCGUCUGUACUGCAUAUUCAUCCGUUCGGCUACGUUGUUUUGGUCUCCCAAGCUAGGCCCAACUAUAAGCCUGAUUCUUGACAAGGAAUCGGCAAGAGAUCAUCGGUUUGCACGUAAACUGAGACAAAAGGAGAAAGAGCUGGGCCUGAAGUUUGACUUCCUGUACGAGCCUCUCCCUGAUACUGCCUCCGGAUGGAAACCUCAAGGCUACCAACGUCAACUGUGGAGUAGUUUCUUCAUGGAUCUAUCCGUUAAUGCUUCCAUCAUUGGCUGGACUGAUUCGGACGCGGUGUUCACGACGCCAGUGACUCCGGAAAACAUCUUCAACGGCCAUCGAUUGCGGGUGUUAACUUUCACUGACAUGAAGCGCAUGCACAAACUACGCUGGUACGACUCCACGCUGAAGGCCAUCGGGAAGGCAAUGGUUUCUGACUUCAUGACGUACUUUCCUACCUUCGUCUGGAGAGACACCUUCACCAACUGCAGGAAUCACAUAAUGAAGCACAUGAACGUCUCUCACUUUGAGGAUGCCUUUCUCCAGCUGGCCCACUUGAGCCCCGUCAACAUCAUCAUGAACUACGCCUACUACUUCGAGCACGACCGUUACGACUGGCACUUGGAUUUCAAGAAGACUUUGAAGAACUAUAAUGCGAAGCUACCUCCAGGUGUAAACAUAAAACCGAGUGAGAAUAAACCAGAUUUACAUGUCACCAUCCACGAGAGCUACUACACUAAGAUGCCCUACCCAUUACUGCAGGGAUAUUGCGUAGCCAAGCGCUAUGUUGGUACCCUUCCCACAAGCUGCCAGAAAUUUGAAAAUGUCACCAACUUUCAGCUGUUCGAGUUUAUCUCUUGCAAGAAAGCUGUGAAGGCCCAUCUGAGUCCCGGGACCUGGUGUUCGGGCAACGGGCGCCGGGAGUGUAUUCGACGCAUCGAAGCGCACUACAAGAACGUCAAGAAAUAUUACAAUCUUGGAUGGUAUGACCUGGAUCUGAGGCGAAUGACUGCCGUUGAAAAGGUAGCCAGGCGGGAAAAUAUCACAUGUCCAAAUAUAUUCCAAUUAGAUUAAAUGCAGUUUCAUAGUUUUAACUUCCCGAUCCAAAAUAAUCGGUACAAGUUAAUAAGCACCGCCACUGCCGCUGGAACAAACUUUUGCCAUGGGGUGCUGGAAUAAAGGGCGGAUAAAAUUAAUGCGAAAGCGGAGCGCAAAGCCCUUACAUCGUGGCUUAAUUUGAAAUAUAGAUGCUGUGUGGUGCAAUCUGGGGGCGAUUCCUGGCCACUUUCAUUAGACUUUUUUUAGCAAAAGUUUUUUGAGAUUAUGAAGACAAUUUAUUUCAUUAUUUUGUUUAGAAUGUACAAGUUGCUCUAAUAACGUUUAACUGUACUGAAAGUGGAGAAAGUGGUUCCAUUUCAUUCUGGAAAAAGAAUUGUAUCAUUAUGCAAGACAUCGCAUGUAAAUAUUAUUGUUGC